AUGGCCACAAUGAAAACCGACCCUCCAACCAUGGUGCAAGAUCCAGAGAUCGAGCCUCCUGCCCCAGUCAAAAGCGAGCAUCCCUCCGUCACCAGCGAGUCGCAAAACGACCCUCCAGCAUUCAACGAGCAGACCCACUACGUCCCAGUCAAAACCAUCAUCACCAUCUUCCUCGCCUGCGCCAGCGUCGAUCUCCUCGCACUAAUGGACCAGACCACGCUCGCCGCCAGCCUGACAAUCGUCAGCCGAGACCUGGACGCAAGCUCAGAAAGCGCCUGGAUAGCCGGCGCGUACUUUUUGACCUCGACGUCGUUCCAGCUGCUGUACGGGCGCCUGUCUGACAUCUGGUCGCGCAAGGUGCUGCUGGUGGCUGGUAUCUGUAUUUUCUUCUUUGGGUCGCUGGCGGCGUCUUUGGCGACGUCGUCGCUGCAGCUCAUUGUGUUUCGGGCGUUUACGGGCGUGGGGGGCGGGGGCUUGAUGACGGUGGCGCAACUUAUUGUCAGUGACAUUGUGCCUUUGCGUGAGAGAGGGAAGUACCAGGGCAUACUUGGAUCUGUUGUUGCUCUAGCGAAUGGCAUUGGGCCUAUAGUUGGUGGUGCAAUCGCCUCUCAAAGCCGUGGAUCUUGGAGAUGGAUUUUCCGCAUGAAUUUGUUUCUCUGUGUGGUCACUACUGCCUGCGUUUUCUUGUUCAUGCCUUUGAAAAAAGUGCAUGGUAAUUGGAGACAUAAACUCGCUGCAAUCGACUUUUUUGGAGUCUUUCUGUCAUUAUCUGGGUCUGCGUUGCUUGUGCUUGCGUUGACGUGGGCUGGCGGCGAAUACGCCUGGGCAUCUGCCCAUGUCAUUGCGACCUUGGUUUUGGGCGUCGUCAUUAUGCUCUGUUUCUUACUGUGGCAAUGGAAAGGCACGAAGGUACCGCUUGUAACAAUGGACAUCUUCACUUCGAAAUUGGUGAACGGGGCUAUGGUGACGAUGUUUGUCAACGGUUGGAACUUCCUGGUCCAGGUCUUCUAUAUUCCGACAUUCUACCAGCUCGUGUAUGGGUAUUCAGCUGUUAAAGCGGGAGCACUCCUGUUGCCUAUAACGCUCACGCAGACUCUGUUUAGCACGUUGUCUGGUCUCGUUGUACACAGAACGGGCCGUUACAGAGAGUGUCUCCUUGUAGGCUGGGCAGUGUGGGCGAUUGGCCUGGGUCUGCUUUCCACGCUGGACAGCCCCUCGUUAGGAAAGCAGAUUGGGUACGGCUUGCUCGCGGGUCUUGGGCUGGGCAACACGCUGCAACCGUCACUGAUCGCAGUGCAAGCCGGCGUUGAACGGAAGCAUAUGGCAAUCGUCACGUCUUUCCGUAAUUUCAUACGCAAUCUCGGAGGUACGAUUGGUCUGGCCGUGGCUGGGACGAUUAUCAACAACGCUGUCCGUAGAACGCUCACACCAUAUGGGCUGUCGAGAUCAGAGAUACAGUUAUUGCUCGAUUCCCCAGAAAGGUUCAGCGAGACGGCUGGUGACACGCGCACCGAAACGUUAAGACUGGCGCUGUCAGGAGCCUACCAGCGGGGGUUUAGGAUAAUCUUCAUUGUGGGGGCAGCGCUAAACGCGCUGGCAUUCGUCGCGGCUUGGUUCAUGAUACCGCACGUUGAGCUUGCAAGAGCCGAUGAUGAGAAGCUGAAGGAGGAAGGACGGCGGUGGGAUGCCGCGAAGAGCCAGAAGGGGAAAGCCUGAUGCUUUGUGACACAGUCGGGCAGACAGGGAAGGAGCCGGCGCUUGAUUGUGGCCGUCACAUGCACGACUGUAUUGUUGCUUCUAAUGCUUC